UACGUCAUUAUCAGUGUGAUUGAGGACGCUCACAAGGUCGAUGAUAGUCAAGCAGGCUUGUUGCCAGAAGCAACCGCCUCUCACUCAAGAUUUAGUGGAGCAUGCACGGACGGAUUAGCUAUCUAUAAUGAUCUUAAAGAAAACAAACCUGUUACUGGUGGGAAUGGCGGGAAACCUCUUUUCGAUGUCACUGGUACCUUUUAUUGGUGUGAAACAAGGCCUUACGAAGACUCAAUACUGACUCGCGAGAAAGCCUACGAUAUUGUCUUUACGCAUCACAUCCUGGUUUGCGUUUUCAACCAAAAGGAUGACCCACUACUUGGACUACGGCAGCUGGUCAUGCCUUUACGAGCAAGCAAUUUACAGCAAAGUGAUYUGAAACAGAUUGUCUUCCUCGGUGACAAWGAUUAUUUGAAAAGAGAGUGGGAAAAUGUUGGCAGUUUUGAUAAUGUGCAUAUUCUACCGGGAUCUCCAUUCUGUCGUGCGGAUCUUCGUGCGGUCAACGCUAAUCUAGCUGACAUGGUWGUAUUCCUWUCGUCCACCACGGCGGGAAACUCCGCUGAYCCAAAACUUGCUGAUAAACAGUCAGUCUUGGCAUCGUUAAAUCUCAAGGCGAUGUCAUUCGAUGAUGCAGCUGGUAUGCUUAAGACAUCAACAAGAGAGGCGUUCGUUGGCCUGCCUGACGUGUCUUUAGGAAGUCCAAGGGUUGAACGGCGUGGUUCAGCGUUUGGUUGCAAUAUACCAAUGCUUACAGAAAUAGGUAUGAAAAAAAACUGACUGGAUGAAUGUAAG